AUGGAUAAUGGAUCGUGGAGUGGAUAUAUGGCGUAUUGUAAUGAACGUGGGUUUGCUCCGGAUUUGAAUCUUGGGCAAAAUUUUGGUUCCGAAACCCAACCACCGGAUGAUUUUCCCAUGGAGGACACGGAAGUUUCGGAGACGGAACCAAUGGCGAUGCCUACACGGAAUGAUGAUGCAAAUCUACUCGAUUCUAUGACGCUAGACCAAUUACUCCGUGCGCCGGGUCGAGAUAAAUUGAAAAAGAUCGACCCAAGCCGUAUGAACGGAACAACUUGGUAUAGAUUCGAUAAAGGAUUCACAAAGAUUAUCAAGAAAAUCAUGGAGAGCGAUUUCCCCGAUCCCGCUCCGAAUCUUACGUCGGUCUCCGGAGACACAAAGAAACGUUGGUUUAAGGCAUUUGCGCAAAAAUUUUAUUGGGAUUAUGGUCUUACGGCCGAAGUACAAGAAAAAUUUGAGGAGAUAUGUGGGAGUCGUUUAUUGGAUUAUGUUUAUGGAUGGAAAAAGAAAUGGCUUAACGGGAAAGAAAAGCCAAAUUGGAUGCGAGAAAACGUUUGGCAAGGGCUUAUUGCAUAUUGGUUACAAGAGCAAAAUAAAUCCCGUAGUGAAACUAAUUCUCAAAAUCGCAAGAGUAAACGCGGAGGCUAUGGCAUGGCUAAACAUACUUGUGGAUCAAUGCCAUAUGUCCGGAAAAAGGAAAAAAUGCGUAAUCCCGAAACCGGUGAGUAUCCCGAUAUGGUGACAUUCAUGGAGGAGACUCACAAACGGAAAUCGGACGGGACAUUUGUUGAUAAAAAAGCUGAGGCAAUAGCUCGUCGAUGUCGGGAGAUGGAGAAAGAGAAACUCACACAAUUGAGUCAACAUUCGGACACGCCUGAUGAUUAUCAACUCACCCAAGCAGAAAAAAACGAUAUUUUCCGAUCGCAAGUUGAAGUUAAAAAAGGACGUAGAUUUGGAUUCGGUUCCAUUCCGUUUGACGAAGACAUGGGCGGAAGUUCGUCAUAUUCACAUGCACACGUGAAUUGUCAAGAAAACGCAGCCGAAAUCAUCGAGUUGAAGAGUCAAUUAAAAGAUUGUAAGUUUUGGAUGGAUAUGAUGGCCCGUCUUCAUCCCGACAUCGUUCCGCCUUCUCGCCAUGAUCAACCCGGAAAUGCAAAUGAAACAAAUAACGUUGACACUCUAUUUGAUAAUAUAUAA